UCUUUUUUUUUUUCAAUGUUCUCGAGUGUUCUUUAUUUAAAAUCAGGAGAAAAGACUAAUCAGGACAAAUGGCUCUAAUCGGAGGCGGCUUUUCAAACAACGUAAACAAGCUGUUCAACGAUCCGGAACUUUCCGACGUGGCAAUCGUGCUGGACAACGAUGAUGGACAAGACACGACCGGCGAGACCAAAACAUUCCACGGUCAUCGGGUGAUUCUAGCCACCAUGUCGGACUACUUCCGGUCGAUGCUGUUUGGAUCGUUCGUGGAGGCAACCAAGAAGGAGAUCCGGCUGCCGGGCGUUCCGUACUCGACAUUUGUGAAAGUAAUGGAGUUUGUGUAUCUUGGGAAAACCUUUCCGAGUGCUGGAACAUUGGAGGAGGUAAUGGAGUUUUACUCGCUGGUUCGAAUGUUGCUGAUGGAUUCAAAGAUGAACUUGUACUUUGAGAAAUGGAUGAUCAGACAAAUUGAGACGAACGAGUCGUUGAAGAAUGAAAUUUUGAAGGUCUUCGCCUUGGCCUUCGAGUGGGACAUGCUUGCGUUGAAGACCAAAUGCAACUCAAACAUUUGCGAAAUCGCAAACGAGUACCUUGCAGAAAUUGCGUUUGUGGAACUGCCUCUGGAAGCUGUUCGGAUGCUGUUGGGCUCUUCCCCCAUCAGCUGCACCCGAGUCGAACUGAAACGAGCGAUCCAGGCCUGGAUUAGCCACCAUGAGAGUGGAAUCGCCGCCGAUGUGGCACACGAACUGAACACGAAAGUUGCCAAGUUUGGGAAGCUUUGCCACGAUUUCAAUGUGCUUUCACUUUGCCGGAAGAAGAACCAGCUGAAGCCGGAGAACGUGCAAUCGCUUCCGGAGCGCCCAGAAGUGAUGGAAGCUAUGCUCGAGACUACCCACGAGUAUUCGUACACUUCUGAAAUGACCAUCCUCAAGUGCAUUGCUUUGAGAGGAAUCAAGAUCUGCUUGGGCGCGAACCAGCAAUUUGGGCCGCAGUACGGACGAAUCAAAUCGGAGCUUGAGUUGUGUUUCAAAAUACAAUGGGAUUAUGACAAUUAUCAGCGGAAUCUAACUGUUCUCUACGACUUUACCCAGCACGAGCAACAAUCGGUAACGAUCUUUUUCCCGGAAAUUGCAUGCUGUAGAGAGACCCAGGUGGUUUUCAAUUUUAGUUGGAAAGGCUCCGGGGUGCAGCCACUUCUGCACAAUUAUGGUUAUGCGAGAAUUAACCGAAAGAUUGAAACCUUUUCCACCUACGUGACUCACAUCAUCUACCUGAACCAAGACUUUGAAUCUGACGGCCGUUGUCCGGAGUGUCCCGUGCCGGACGAUUACGACUCAUACUAUUCUACGUCGACCUAUCACGACAGCAUUGAAGAAGAAAUGGAUACUGAGCAGUCCGAGGAUGCCGACGACGAGUGAUGAAGACUAGACUUAAAACUUGUACUGUUUUAUCUUUUGAAUAAAAUCGUUGAAAAC